AUGAGAAAAUGCAUUUCUCCAUUUUGUCCCUCUCAGGUUGCCGUAGACAGCAGAAAAAAACGUGGAGGACCUGCUACAGCAAAACUAGAGUGAUGUAGCUACUUCUGUCCCUGAAACUAAUAAUUCAGCUACAAUAACAGAGGUAAAUAUGGCAGAUCAGGUCCCCUCCGUGGCCCGAGACGCUGUUCUGAAAGAGAGUGGCGCUCUCCCAGAGGACAUGCCACAGAUCAGAGGUUAUGAUUUUAAUCAGGGAGUAGACCACAGAGCUCUGCUGCACUCCUACCUCACCACGGGCUUCCAGGCUAGCAGUUUUGCCAUGGCUGUACAGGAGAUCAAUAAGAUGAUUGACAGACGACUGGAGCCUGUAGAAGAGCAGGAAAACGCUUAUGACUCUCAGCAGAGUCAGUCAGGAUGUACCAUCUUCUUAGGCUACACGUCCAACCUCAUCAGCUCUGGCGUCCGUGAGACCAUCCGCUACCUUGUCCAGCACAAAAUGGUAGAUGUGAUAGUGACAACAGCAGGAGGUAUAGAGGAAGAUCUCAUUAAAUGUUUGGCUCCCACCUAUCUGGGUGAGUUUAGCCUUCCAGGCAAAGAGCUACGACAGAGAGGCAUCAACAGAAUUGGCAACCUGCUGGUUCCUAAUGACAACUACUGCAAGUUUGAGGACUGGGUAAUGCCCAUCCUGGACCAGAUGGUGUUGGAGCAGAAAACAGAGGGCAUGUGUUGGACUCCCUCAAAAAUGAUCCACAGACUUGGCAAAGAAAUCAACAACCCUGACUCUGUUUACUAUUGGGCUUACAAGAAUGACAUCCCAGUGUUUAGUCCUGCACUCACUGAUGGUUCAUUGGGUGAUAUGAUCUACUUCCAUUCCUAUAAGAACCCGGGACUGGUCUUGGACAUUGUAGAGGAUAUCCGGAGGUUGAACUGUAAAGCUGUGUUUGCCAAAAGCACAGGCAUGAUCAUCCUGGGAGGAGGUCUUGUGAAGCACCACAUUGCUAAUGCCAAUCUUAUGAGAAAUGGUGCAGACUUUGCUGUGUACGUGAACACUGGGCAGGAGUUUGAUGGCUCAGACUCAGGGGCCAGACCAGAUGAGGCUGUGUCUUGGGGAAAAAUCCGCAUGGAUGCCAAACCUGUCAAAGUCUAUGCAGAUGCCUCUAUAGUCUUCCCCCUGCUGGUGGCUGAGACAUUUGCACAUCAAGCCAGCAAACUGACAGCAGAUAGAAAGAGUGAUUAACACUGCCUGCUCAUUUCUCCUGUGGUUUCUCUUUCUUUUUCACGUCUUUCCUUCACCUCCUAUUUUGUAUUUACUUUUUUUGUUUGUUAUGUCUGUGUCUGUUUGUCCUGAUUCCACCUACUUGUUCACAGCUGCCCAAUUAUUUUAUGCCUAUUUAAUUUGCCUUCUUAUUGAGGUUUUAUUUAUACUUUUGGGUAACUAUCGUUUGUUCCCCUUUUUACUUGUUACUUCAUGUUUUCUUCUUUGUUUAGGCUAAGAGAAAUUUAGUUUGUACACCGAAAGACACGUUAUAUAUAAAAUAAAUGCUUUUAUUAAAGACUUUGAAAGAAGCUGUAAAAAGAUAAAAAGUUAUGGAUUUUUUUUUUUUUUUGCUGCAACAGCAUGCAAGUGUUUAUUAGUCUGGCUUAUGAUAGACUGUCGCACUAUAAUAAUAGAAAAAAUGAUCAAAGAAAACUAAAGACAUUUUGAAUGGGUCAGACUGAUGCUAUAUUGUUUCAGCUAUUGACCUGUUUUAUGUGAAUUUUAAAUUUUUGUUGAAGAUUGUGAAUAUGAAGUAUUGUUUUACAUUUGCAUGACAUCAUAUAUCAUCAUGUGAUUAUGGCCUCAUUUAUGAUAUAAUCAUCUGGGUUCAUAGAAAGAAAAAAAAACCAGCUGAAAUCUUUCAAGCCCCUGGAAUGCGAGAGCUUUAUCAUGGAGGAGACAUUACAGAUUUCAUUUUAUUACAAACAUUGGAGUGAGAAAUGAAUAUAUCCAAAUAGGGAUUAAGAUUUGCAUUUUCCUUUAAACAUGUGUGAAACAUCUGCCGUCAGGUGUGUGGUUCCAACCAAGUUGUGCUGUCAUGCUAAUUAUGGUAUUAUUUAGUGAUAUUACAUGGAAGGGCUAAAAUCUGUCAGUAGCUCAACAAUUAAACUGUUAGGAAUGCGCAGUUCAUUUUAUUACCAGGUCUCAUCAGUGGUGUAAUAAGAAGGAUGUGGGGCAAACUAUUACACACACACACACAAGGUUAAGUGUUUCAAGACCAUAAUGCUCUACUAGGUUCAUGUGAUGUUUCCUCUGAAUACCAAAAGUUGUGUACUAUGAGUGGACAAAUCAAAACCAGGAUGCCCGGGAAGAGGCUACGUGUCUGGGCUGUUGGUUUUAUUAUUUGUAGUUGCCUGAUGGAGAAAUAGUUUCUGAUGGAGAAAUAGUUUCAGAAUAGUUUAGAAUGCUGAUAUAGCAGUCACCAUUGUUCUUUUUUCCUCACCAACAACCAAAGAGAGGUUCAUUUGUUGGUGGCUUGUCAUACCUAGAUAUCUCAUUUCCAAAUCCUGCAAACUGCUGCACUACACACAUUAACUAACAUAAAAUCCUGCCUUCAGUAGGUGCUUUUUUACUUUUCAGUUUAAAUAACUUGCACAUACAACAAUGUUUUCAAAAUCAGGAAAGCAGGGGCAAAACUGUCAUUUAUCUUUAAUGUCAGCACAUACUAUAUGCUCGCAUCACUGAUUUCUGGGCGAAAAAAAUAUGGGACUGAGCUCAGUUUGGAGUGCCUUAGCCAAGGGUAUGAGUACUUGGCUAAAUGAAAGAUUUCAAGAUGUCUUUGAUUUUUAAUAAGUUUAAAAAAUGUCUAAAAAUAUGUUCUUGCUUUGUCAUUAUGGGUAUUGAAAAGUAAAUGUAAUCCUUUUUAAAUUAAAUCUAGUACACAAUUAAAUGUGUAAAAACUGAAUACCUUCCAAACCCACUGUAUGUAUAUCAUCUGUAUUUCAUGUAAAUGAUUUAAAACAUGAAUAAAAUCUAUCUACAGCA